AUGUUUUCCCACUGGAACCAGGAGAACACUGACGAAUUCUCAGUGAUCCCAACCCCCGGUCUCCUGAAAUCACCCAUCAGGACAUCGAGUGUCGGCUCGACAAUCUUGCCACGAGCGGUCGGGCUUCACCACUCCGAUCUUGAAUUGGCCAAGUUACCCGAGAGAGGGGUUCACUCGGGGGAAGGAUCAAUUGUCGGUCCAAAUUCUGGGCGACUUGAACUGAGACGUUAUCAGAGACUCCGCUGGGACGAUGAGGAUUCCGUGCUCGCCAGGAGAAGCGGCAGCAGGAGAACUUGUUUCGGAGGAGGUUACCUCUCCGGCUUGGUGAUCCCGCAGACCCCUAUCUGUCAUGGUUGGGGCAGGGGUAUUGUCAACGAUGCCCAAACCUGCUGUAUCAUCUCCGUUGUCCAGCUCCUCCUCCACCUCCCUCCGAUUCAUUCGGCGAUCCGGAACCAUGUGGCUGGGGGACAUGAAAGCCUGUUCGAGCAGCUGGCUACCAUCCGACAACACUCGUUCGGAGGGGAUAGAGAUCGUCCGAUGUCCUCCAAAUUGGUACAGGACAUCUACCCUCUCCUGCAAAACGAGGGUGUCGACGUACAACUUGGAGAGCAGUUGGACAUCAUGGAGGUCCUCCCGGCCAUGGUUGGCCACCUAGACCGGGACCUACGGAACAACGACUCCCACGUUUCUUUGGUUGGGGAAUGGUCAAUGGACCUACAGUGCCCCCGUCACCCUGACCCCUGGCCGGUUGCAUGUCCCAUUCUUUCGGGGACAGGUGUUGUUUCGUGGUCCCAUGGCGCCGCAGCCAACGUUCAACAGUGUUGCCCGGAUUGUCGAUCCGACGUUGCUGUCAUGGUGACCGCUCCGGAUGUCCUUUUCUCCCUGUGUGGACACCCGCAGGCUCAACUGCCACCGGCUGUGAGUUUUACCUGUGGGGACGAGGUGAUCACUUAUGUCCCACACGGCGGAAUUUACCACCUGGGAGAGGACCGCGGGGCUGGGCAUUUCGUAACCCACGUGAAAUCCCCUUUCGAAGGCAGUGGAGAGAGUUGUUGGUUGCUGGACGACCAACACCAGCCAAAGCCAAUCCACGGCCAACCAGAAGGGGCUUUAGUGGCCAUAGCAUGGGUCAAAAGGGAUCCAACCUCAUUGCCUUCCGGGUCCCUUCCCUCCACAUCGUCCUCCACUGUCCCCGCCCCCCCGAAGCCGCUUCCAUCAUGUCCAGAAGUGCCGAAGGAGUCCCUCACUGUCCCUGCUCCUGCCAAGACUCGUCCCGCUCCUACGAAGACUCAUCCCGCUCCUACGAAGACUCGUCCCGCCCCUACGAAGACUCGUCCGGCUCCUACGAAGACUGGUCCCUCCAAGUCAGCCAAAUCACUGUCGGCCGCUUUGGUUACUCCGACAAUGUCGCCUGUAGAGAAAAUGGCCGAUCAUUGUUGUCCCUCCUUUACUUCAGCAUUGGUGGAAGCACUACGGCCUGUAUUUCACGGUAGCGCUGAUUCCGUUGUGGGGAAGUGGGAGGAUGCAGUGAGAGCUUCAAAAAGCUCUGCUGCUGAUCUGGUUUUGGAAGAUGCAGUGGCGGAUGAGAGAGAGCAGAGGUAUCUUGCCAGCUGUCGCAAGCAUGGGGUGGAUUAUCCAGGCAUGGCCAGACCCAACGGCUCCGAUCAAGAUGGCAUCGCUAUGCUGCUUUGCUGGCCCCCUCACCAUCCGCAUCCCCGUGUCCUGACAACCGCCAAAUGGACUCCCCGAUGUCUGAUCCGGAAGGGUCAUCAAGGCUACUCUUUAGAAGCUUUGGAGGUGAAACAGCCGGGGAUUGAUCACCAGAAGCUUCCUGCUUGGCGAAGACCCGUGCGAGCAAUGGCGACGACCUUUCCCUUCGCCCAACGGAGCCCGGCGCACCUUGAAGCAUUGUCGGAAAUGUUCGAAACCUCGCUACAACGGGUCAAAGAGGUAUCUACCUCGCGGACAUCCAAGCCCUCUUUGACCAUCGCACAAGGGACAUUUGCCAAAGAGUCAGUUCUUCUGGCAUUGGCCGGUCUUACCAAUCGGGAACUCAGAAAACACGACUUUUGCCUUAAGUUCCCAGCAUCGUUCAUCUCUCACACCAACCCGAACGAUUGUGCGCUCGUCCGAGGGGUCGCCUUUUACACAAGUGUAAAUUCCCUCGACAAAUCUGUCCACAAUUCCCUCGACAGUUCUUCCCCGCACCAAACACUUCGUGGCGUUUUUCUCUUCAUCUCUCACGGCUCGCAGGGCUGGUACGCCAUCGGGCACGGCUCUCCAGACUCAGCCAUUCGCGGCUACGCACUCGACAUGGCGGUGAAUUAUGCCAUGUCAUUACAGAAUGUGAAAGUCCCGGGAGACGAGUAUUGGCUCUACACGACCUCUUCAUGGCCGACGGGGGAGAUAUCGUUUCGCCAAAUGAACGAAGAACUCAUCAAGCAGAGAGGUCGAGAGAUAACGUCAGGAGACGUGGUAGACAAGGACAACCUUUCUCCCCGACUGCUUUCUUGGAUUGACGCCCAAUGUUUGGAGUUAUUACCAGUGGAUCUCACAAUUGGGCACACUUUCCUCUUUACCGUUCUGAGUGCGUUGCGCCGAAGGGAGAGUGACUUGGUCCCGAAGGAAGUCAAGAACAGCCGGGUAGCACAAGCACACGCCACACGGAAAGCAAAUCUCGCGAUGCGGACUGAAGCGGAGGUAAUAGAAGAUGCUCGUCGUGAACAACUUGCCCGAGCAGAACGUCAGAGACAAGGUCCCAGAGUACUUCGACCAGACGAUCGACGCCGAGGUCCGGAAGCACGAGCUCGAGGGCUGAAAGCACUCAGCAAGGUCACACCCGAGGUGAGGGCUAGAGCAGCGAAACCUAGAUGUGAAGCAAUCGGGAGACGUACCGCCGAAAGUGAACUCGAGACUGGUAAAGUGGUCUCAGCUGUGCUACAAGAAGAUGGAGGAUUUUUCCGCUGGAACGAGGUUGAUUGCGACGGCAUAGGUGCGACAUCGGCGAAUACAAGGACAGAUGGAUUGCCGGGUCAGAUGUUCACCAUCGCUGAAUGGUAUCGUGUGUCGAAAGCUUCAUCUGCCGGGUAUUCCGCCAUCGAGAUGUGGUGGUGUCAAGCAGGGUUACUUUAUGUUCGUUCAACCUGUCGCAAGUCAUCAUCAGUUUCUUCCUCUGUGGAUUCUCGGUUCUCUUCUAGUAACUCCGAGGUGCAACUCAACGUGACCAAUCGAUACUGCUUGUGGUGUAAGGCGACAAUCUUGGGGAGCGGGCCAAAGCCAAAAUGCAGACCUGUAGUAGGAUGGACGACCCUACGAGAGUUCAAGGUUUCAAAAAGAGACGCUGGACCGUCUCCUGAUAUGAAAAUUCCCGACCUUGCUCUUCGAAUGGAAAAAACUGUUGGGUUGGUGUACCACACUGGUGUCAGCCGCAGGGCCAGAAAGGGUGGUGAUAACGCCCCUGUGAGUCUCACGAUAGCCGCGGAUAAAAGCAGAGGUGCCCCAUUCUAUCUUGAUUUAGAACAGCUGCCUCCUCCGACCGUCACAUCGUUGUUCCCGAACCAAAAACGUAGACGAGCCAAAGAAGCGAUGCGCGACGAAAGGAAGAAAGCAGCCGCGACCACCGAAUCCGAUGCAUGUCAACCAUCUGAGCCGCCGAUACUCGAAAAUUCAAAUGAAUCAGCCAAUGAGGAGGUUUCACCUAGAAAAAAAGCAAGGAAGGAGAGCGAUAACAUAUCCGCCCAGUUGUCAGAUGUCCAAUAUGUUUCGAGCGAUGACAGUCCUAGCAUAAUACUUUUAUCAUCUCCUCUGCCUCUGGUAUCCACAGCUUUGCGACCUACGAACGAGACCUCAGUACGAGUACUUCCUCAUCCCCAAGUUGUAAAACCUUUAGCUCUGCGUCCGCCCCCGGAAUCAAAGACACGAACUACUCGGCAACGACGGAAGAAAUUCCCAGCUCAAUCCACAACUCUGUUGCGGGAUCCGGAUGGAAUGCUAUCCAUGGGGACACGCCAAACCGACCCAACUGAUAGGCGUGAACCGGGGAAGAAAGGUAACAACACUACAUGA